UCUUCUUCAUUAUUCUUCACCAACAUUUGCUUUUAUGGCUAAUUUGCAUUAACCUUCCCUGCCAUCCUCUCUUCUCCCUCAGCCUGCGGAAUCCGAUAACCCCGGAAUCCGCCAUGGAAGAUGAAUAGAAUAAUCUCCAAACGGGCUGCUAAAUUCCGCCCCUUCCGGCGACUUUCUUCUAAAAUCAGAGACGACGCUGCCGCCGCCGCCACUGCCAACGAGGAAGAGUACCCACACCUCAUUCUAUGGCGCUACCAAAUCCUUGCUCCCGACAGCGAUAUUGUUGCCCAUUGGAACCACAUCUUUCUUGUCACCUGCAUCGUCUCUCUCUUCAUAGACCCUCUCUAUUUCUUCCUUCCCUCCGUCGGAGGCCCCGCUUGCUUGUCCACCGACACCGGCCAAGCCAUCACCAUCACCUGCUUUCGCACCGUCACCGAUCUCUUCUUCAUCCUGCAUAUCGUCAUGAAGUUUCGCACCGCCUUUGUCGCACCAAGCUCUAGAGUUUUCGGUCGCGGCGAGUUGGUCAUGGACCCCAGAGAGAUUGCUCUGCGCUACUUGAAGAAGGAUUUCCUCGUCGACCUCGCUGCUGCUCUUCCAAUUCCCCAGAUUGUUAUCUGGUUUGUAAUCCCGGCAACAAGAAAUUCCAGAGCUGACCAUGCCAACAACACUCUUGCACUUUUCCUUCUAUUUCAAUAUGUUCCUAGACUGUUUCUCAUCUUCCCUCUGAACCAACGAAUCAUUAAAACUACAGGGGUUGUUGCUAAGACUGCAUGGGCAGGAGCUGCAUACAAUCUCCUUCUUUACUUGUUAGCUAGUCAUAUAUUAGGAUCUGCAUGGUAUCUACUGUCCAUAGGACGCCAAUUCUCCUGUUGGCAAAAUGAGUGUAGGAAGGAGCAUGAAUCAAAGCUUGUAUCUUGUCUUUAUAAUUUUCUGGAUUGCAAAAGUAAAGACCAGCCUGAACGCCAAUAUUGGCUUAAUGUCACUAAAGUUAUUAGUAAAUGCGAUGCGAGGGACAAUGGUAUCGAAUUCCAGUUUGGAAUGUUUGCAGAUGCAUUUAAUAAUGACGUUGUCUCUUCACCAUUCAUUGACAAGUACCUUUAUUGUCUUUGGUGGGGUUUGAGAAACUUAAGUUCAUAUGCGACAAAUGUGGAUACAAGCCGGUAUAUUGGCGAGACAACAUUUUGUAUUUUCACAUGCAUAAUCGGUUUAAUUCUGUUCUCCCAUUUGAUUGGAAACAUGCAGACUUACUUGCAAUCAAUGACGAUAAGACUUGAAGAAUGGAGGAUUAAGCGAAGAGAUACGGAGGAAUGGAUGAGGCAUCGCCAGUUACCUCCAGAUCUGCAAGAACGCGUUCGACGUUUUGUGCAAUAUAAAUGGCUUACCACCAGAGGAGUUGAUGAAGAUUCAAUACUGCGUUCGUUUCCUUUGGAUCUUCGCCGUGAAAUUCAAAGGCAUUUAUGUCUUGCUCUUGUUCGCCGUGUCCCCUUCUUCUCACAAAUGGAUGGCCAGCUUCUCGAUGCCAUAUGCGAACGUCUUGUAUCAUCUCUAAGCAUCCAAGGCACCUACAUCUUUCAAGAAGGUGAUCCACUUGAUGAGAUGCUGUUUAUUAUUAGAGGAAAACUCGAGAGUUCCACAACGGAUGGAGGAAGAUCCGGGUUCUUCAAUUCCAUCACUCUAGAAUCUGGUCACUUUUGUGGGGAAGAGCUAUUGACUUGGGCCUUAAUGCCAAACCCUAGCAUCAAUCUUCCUACUUCCACUAGGACUGUUAGAGCUCUUACCGAAGUUGAAGCUUUCGCACUUCGUGCUGAGGAUCUUAAGUUUGUUGCAGGUCAGUUCAAACGUCUCCAUAGCAAGAGACUUCAGCAUGCUUUUAGGUACUAUUCUCACCAAUGGAGAACGUGGGGUGCUUGUUACAUACAAGUUGCUUGGAGAAGGUAUAUCAAGAGGAAGAUGGCAAAGGAUUUGAGUCAGCAGGAGAGCUUCUGCUAUUUGAAUAUUCCAAGCCAAGAAAGCAACUAUGCUGAUGAGCUAGAACAUGGAAAUUAUAACUAUGGGACUGACAGUUUAGUAGAGGACAAUGCAAGCCAUUUCCAGCAUCUUGGGGCCACAGUUCUGGCUUCGAGGUUUGCUGCGAAUACAAGAAGAGGAGUUCACCACAAAGCUGAAGGGGGUAGCUCUGCUUCUACCAGCUUAAAGAUGCCCAAGUUGUUUAAGCCAGAAGAACCCAAUUUCUCAAUAGAUGAUGAAGAUGAAGUUUAGUU